AUGUGGAAACACAUCUUUUCAAAUGGUCUAAGAUACGAACAACAAAAUGCAUCCUCGAAGAAUUUGAUUCUAUCAGUCCUUAAUACUACUACAACAAAACGUGAAGCUAAAGACUAUUUGACCAAAUACACAAAUGAACAAGAAACUAUAAACCAUUGUCUUUUAUUUAUCCGUCAUUUGCAUGCAUUCCCCACACAAACUUUGUCAAAAUUAUCCAAUUCUAUAAAAAGAUUAAGAAUGUUGGGAUUGAGACCUAUUUGUAUUGUACCUCCUACUACUGCAAAAUUAGUUACACAGCAUUCAGAGAUAUUAGAUAAAUUAUUAACUGAUGCUGAAUUGCAUCCUUUACACUUCAAAGAAGGUCUUUCUAAAUCAAGAACUGGUCUUUUCCAUUCUGUCUUGUCAUCAGAAUCCCAAUUGUUCGAUGGGACAAUUGUAGAUAUGGUCCCCAUUAUUAAACCAUACAUUUAUAAUGAGGAAACUGCAUCUGAAUAUAUGGCACCAAAUGUAGUAAAGUUUCUUGAUCAUUUAUGUCAAAAUGUAACUACUCAUAUUGAUAAAUUUUUCAUAUUAAAUCAAAUUGGUGGUAUCCCAUCUAUAGAGAGAAAUGAGAAUGCACACGUCUUUAUAAAUUUAUCACAAGAAUAUGAAAAACUAGCCUUAGAUCUUAAGAAAGAAUUGAAAUAUUUGGCAAAGAGGGAGCCAGAAUCAAGUGAUUUACUACAUAGAAUGGAACUUUAUGCCAAAGAAGAACAAAUUGUUAGUAUGGAAGGGCAAUUAAAUGAACAUUUACAAAAUUUACAAUUAAUGGAUGCAGUAUUAUCGAACCUUUCCACGACCGCUACAGGAUUAAUAACUAAAGUUUCCACUGCAGCAUUAUCAUCAGAUAAUAAAAAUCCUUUAGUGUAUAAUGUAUUAACUGAUAGAUCAUUGAUUUCAUCAUCGUUGCCAAGAUUCAAAAAUACUCGUCAUAAUCAAUAUUCACAUCCUGAUUUACAUUUCCACCCAACUAAUCUCACAGAACAAGAUCCUGUCUAUGUCACUACCGUCUUCAAGAAGGGAAUUCACACAAGGAUUUUCGAUUAUCCAACUUUGACCCAAUAUAAUACCACUGGAUUACCACUUGAGUUCCAUAUUAAAUCCACAGGAAGGUCGAUCCCCAAUUUAGCACCGGAUUUAAAAUUAGAUUUACUUAAAUUGGAAAGAAUCAUAAACGCAUCGUUCCGUCGUAAACUUGAUUUGGAGGAUUAUUUGAGAAGAAUAAAUGGUAAAAUUGCUUCAAUUAUUGUACUCGGUGAUUAUGAAGGGAUUGCAAUCUUAACAUAUGAGGGAUCCAAAGAGAAACCUUUCAUUUAUUUGGAUAAGUUUGCCGUUAUGCCCAAGAUGAAGGGAUCAUUGGGUAUCUCUGAUAUUAUUUUCAAUAUAAUUUUCCAAAAAUAUCCUAAUGAAGUCGUUUGGAGAAGUAGGAAGGAUAAUGUCGUGAAUAAAUGGUAUUUCCAAAGAAGUGUUGGGGUGUUUUCACUCUCUUUGAAUUUGGAUUCUACUGCUUCAUUGAUUGAUCAAAAGGAUAGUAUAUUUAAUUUAUUCUAUUAUGGAGAUCCUGAUAAUUCUGAUAAGAAAUUUAAAGAUGUUACGAGAUUAAAAGAAUAUGCCAAAUAUGUAAGAGAUAUUCAACCAAGUUGGCAAAAAUAA